AAGAAGAAGUUUUACUAUUUAUCAAUAACUUUAAUGAAGUUGAUGAAAGUCUUUUUGGUUUUAUUGAAAGGGUUGAAACACAUCUAGGUUAUUUUUACCAAUUCGCACAUUUGACUGUAAUGGAGUUUUGUGCAUCUGUAUAUGCAUACAAUUGUUUAAGCUUUGAAGAGAUUAUGGCAAAUAAAAAGCUGAAGAGUUGUUUAUCAAUGAUUUGUGGAUUAAGCAAUAAAAACCAAAAUAUUUUAUUAAAGUUUCUUGUUAACCUGAAUCCUUCUAAAAAAUCAAAAGAGGAGUCUUCACUUUUGGUUUCUAUUUUGGAUUGUCUAUCUAAAAGUAUUAAUGGUUUUGAUGGUUUCAAUUUUUUCUACGAAUGUUUUUACGAAAGUCAAUCGUCAUUCACUGAUGAAAUAAAAUCAAUUGUUGAUGAACAAAAUAAACAAUGGUUUGGUUGGAGGAUUUCGAUUGACGAUGGAAAAACUUCUUACGCAACUUCUUGCGAUAAUUAUUCGUAACCUCGAUGAAUUAACUUUAUAACGCGGAAAAAUGUUUAAUAUUUUAAAUAUAUAAAAUAAAAACAAUAAUUAUAAAAUAA